AUGUCCUAUCAAACACCACCACCCCUCCAAACCAAAACCAACACCACCACCCCUCCAAACCAGACCAAACAACCACAACUCAAAACCAGACCAAACACCACCACCCCUCGAAACCAGAACAAACAACCCCUACUCGAAACCAGACCAAACACCACCACCCCUCGCAACCAGACCAAACACCACCACCCCUCGAAACCAGAACAAACACCACCACCCCUCGAAACCAGAACAAACACCACCACCCCUCGAAACCAGACCAAACACCACCACCCCUCGAAACCAGAACAAACACCACCACCCCUCGAAACCAGAACAAACAACCCCUACUCGAAACCAGACCAAACACCACCUCCCCUCGCAACCAGACCAAACACCACCACCCCUCGAAACAAGACCAAACACCACCACCCCUCGAAACCAGACCACCACCCCUCGAAACCAGACCAAACACCACCACCCCUCGCAACCAGACCAAACACCACCUCCCCUCGCAACCAGACCAAACACCACCACCCUUCGCAACCAGACCAAACACCACCACCCUUCGCAACCAGACCAAACACCACCACCCUUCGCAACCAGACCAAACACCACCACCCCUCGCAACCAGACCAAACACCACCACCCCUCGAAACCAGACCAAACACCACCACCCCUCGCAACCAGACCAAACAACCCCACCCCUCGCAACCAGACCAAAAACCCCACCCCUCGCAACCAGACCAAACACCACCACCCCUUGCAACCAGACCAAACAACCCCACCCCUCGCAACCAGACCAAACACCACCACCCCUCGCAACCAGACCAAACAACCCCACCCCUCGCAACCAGACCAAACACCACCACCCCUUGCAACCAGACCAAACAACCCCACCCCUCGCAGACAGACCAAACACCACCUACCCUCGCAACCAGACCAAACACCACCACCCCUCGAAACCAGAACAAACACCACCACCCCUCGAAACCAGACCAAACACCACCACCCCUCGAAACCAGAACAAACACCACCACCCCUCGAAACCAGAACAAACAACCCCUACUCGAAACCAGACCAAACACCACCUCCCCUCGCAACCAGACCAAACACCACCACCCCUCGAAACAAGACCAAACACCACCACCCCUCGAAACCAGACCACCACCCCUCGAAACCAGACCAAACACCCCCACCCCUCGCAACCAGACCAAACACCACCUCCCCUCGCAACCAGACCAAACACCACCACCCUUCGCAACCAGACCAAACACCACCACCCCUUGCAACCAGACCAAACAACCCCACCCCUCGCAACCAGACCAAACACCACCACCCCUCGCAACCAGACCAAACAACCCCACCCCUCGCAACCAGACCAAACACCACCACCCCUUGCAACCAGACCAAACAACCCCACCCCUCGCAGACAGACCAAACACCACCUACCCUCGCAACCAGACCGAACACCACCACCCCUCGCAACCAGACCAAACACCACCACCCCUUGCAACCAGACCAAACAACCCCACCCCUCGCAACCAGACCAAACACCACCACCCUUCGCAACCAGACCAAACACCACCACCCCUCGCAACCAGACCAAACAACCCCACCCCUCGCAACCAGACCAAACACCACCACCCCUCGCAACCAGACCAAACACCACCACCCCUCGCAACAAGACCAAACACCACCACCCCUCACAACCAGACCAAACAACCCCACCCCUCGCAACCAGACCAAACACCACCACCCCUCACAACCAGACCAAACAACCCCACCCCUCGCAACCAGACCAAACACCACCACCCUUCGCAACCAGACCAAACAACCCCACCCCUCGCAACCAGACCAAACAACCCCACCCCUCGCAACCAGACCAAACAACCCCACCCCUCGCAACCAGACCAAACAACCCCACCCCUCGCAACCAGACCAAACAACCCCACCCCUCGCAACCAGACCAAACAACCCCACCCCUCGCAACCAGACCAAACACCACCACCCCUCGCAACCAGACCAAACACCACCACCCCUUGCAACCAGACCAAACAACCCCACCCCUCGCAACCAGAUCUAACACCACCACCCCUCGCAACCAGACCAAACACCACCACCCCUUGCAACCAGACCAAACAACCCCACCCCUCGCAACCAGAUCUAACACCACCACCCCUCGCAACCAGACCAAACACCACCACCCCUUGCAACCAGACCAAACAACCCCACCCCUCGCAACCAGAUCUAACACCACCACCCCUCGCAACCAGACCAAACACCACCACCCCUUGCAACCAGACCAAACAACCCCACCCCUCGCAACCAGAUCUAACACCACCACCCCUCGCAACCAGACCAAACACCACCACCCCUCGCAACCAGACCAAACACCACCACCCCUGGCAACCAGACCAAACACCACCACCCCUUGCAACCAGACCAAACAACCCCACCCCUCGCAACCAGACCAAACACCACCACCCCUCGCAACCAGACCAAACACCACCACCCCUCGCAACCAGACCAAACAACCCCACCCCUCGCAACCAGAUCUAA